GGCGACUUGGGUUUUCAAGAAUGAGACGUGUCACAAAACUGUAGCUUAAGAGCAUCCACGUGCCAGUAGCCAACCAUCUUCAUUUCUAUAUAGUCAUGCUACAAAACUCUUUUUAAGUCUAAACUUGAGACCGACCAUUGAUAUGGAGUUUCCUGAAGGAAGAAGAAGAAGAGAAAUAGCCAGAACCGAUGGAGAGAAGACAACUGGUCCUUCGGUUGUGUUUGCCACCGUAGCAUCCUUAGCGGUGGCCGGACCGCUUCUGGGUCUGAUGAGUUUCAGCCUCGUUGCGACGGUGACUCUGUUUAUUAUAGUUUCUCCGUUGAUUCUGAUAUUUUCUCCAGUGUUGAUCGCAACGGUGGCGAUUCUUGUGGCGGCUAUGGCUGGUGUUGUGGUGGCUGCAGUCAUGUGGUUGGUGGGGAUUGCCGCUUUGGUUUGUUGUGGGCGAGAGAUUGGUGUUAGGACUGGAGUGGCUGAGAGGAUGGUUGAGUCGGUGGUGAGAGGGUUAGGUUAUGGUAAGAGUCUUUACUUGCGAGACAAGUGAGAUGAUGGUUUUUCCUAGUUUCAAACGUCGAAAAAGCGUUUCUUGAUGCGUACUCUUAAUGUGUUCAUUUCUGUCUACUCAUGAUUCAUUAGAAUUAUGGUGAAUAAAGAAAAAGUAGAGGUGGGGAAUAUGAUGAUGUAAACAUUUUUGUUAGCCAUUUAUUUUAAAAUUAACCUACCAAAUUUGGGAAAUCUCAACUAGAAGGCAAAGAACUACGAAACUAGCAGUCGUCGAGCAAUGUGAGAUACAACAAUACAACAAGCGUUUUUGGGUCAUUGCAAUUCGCUAGCAACAACUGCUAAUUUGUGCCUAUGGAUUGUUUCUUUUGGUCUUGCAAACACUUUUGUUAAGUAUUCAAAUUGCAAAAAUUCCAACCAGUGAGGGAAAGACGAGAUUUAUGUAUGACCAAAUAUCCGCUAAUACUGGCCUAGAAAACUAGAGUUGCAUCAACCCCGGCCCUUACAAUGUUUUAAUGUGGUUGUCAUAGGGAUCUAUUUUUCAAACUUACUUUUUCUUGGUUUGGCCAAAACUUUUUUUUUCUAUUGGACAAAAGUUUUGCCAGUUUUGUCAUAUUAGUUUGAGAGUAAGAGCACCUCCAAUGGUGUUCACCAUUGGAGUCCUUACUAAUACAAUAGUAAUUUUUUUUUUUUUAAAUAGUUAAGGAUUCUAAUCCCAAAUGUUCCUCCAAUGGUGUUAUCCAUUAUGGAGUUCUUAAAUUUUUUUUUUUUUUUGAAUUGAAUCUUAGAA